ACAGCAUCCAUGGCAUGGGAGAGGAAGACCGCCACAACCGCCCCCAUCAGGAGAUGGGGCAGCUCUCCUUCGAGGAGAAAAAGUUCCUGCUCUCCGUCGAGAGGGGAGUUGGGAAGCCAUCCCGCCCGAGACGGCCACGUUCACGCCGGACAUCACGCCCCUCAUACUGGCCGCCCACCGGGACAACUACGAGAUCAUCAAGAUCCUGCUGGACAGGGGUGCCACUCUACCAGGCCCCCACGACCUGAGGUGCGGUUGCGAGGACUGCGUGACCUCCCGGCAGGAGGACUCCCUCAGACACAGCAGGAGUCGGAUCAACGCCUACAGGGCGCUCGCGUCCCCCUCCCUCAUCGCCCUGUCUUCGAAGGACCCGAUCCUGACGGCGUUCGAGCUCUCCUGGGAGCUCCGAAGGCUCUCCUUCAUGGAGCACGAGUUCCGCAGCGAGUACCAGGAACUGAGAAAGCAGGUGCAGGACUUCGCCACGGCGCUGCUGGACCACACCCGCUCCUCCUUCGAACUCGAGGUCCUCCUCAACCACGACCCCACGGGACCCCCCCACGAACACGGCGAGAGGAUGCACUUGAACAGACUCAAACUGGCCAUCAAGCUCAAACAGAAGAAGUUUGUAGCCCACCCGAACGUGCAGCAGCUGCUGGCCUCCAUCUGGUACGAGGGUCUUCCGGGAUUCCGCCGCAAGAACAUGGCGCUGCAGGCGCUGGAGAUCGUCAAGAUCGGCCUCCUGUUCCCCAUCUUCUCCAUAGUGUACGUCCUGGCGCCCCACACCUCCUUCGGGCAGACGAUGCGCAAACCUUUCAUCAAGUUCAUCUGCCACUCAGCCUCCUACCUUCUCUUUCUGUUUUUGCUAAUCCUGGCCUCCCAGAGAAUCGAAACUGUGAUAGUAGAUUGGAUUGGCGUCACGGAGAUGCUCAAGAAGUGGGUUGCUACAGACGUCACCACUAGGAGGGGCGCCCCCCCUAGUCUUGUCGAGUGGCUGAUUUUAGCGUGGGUCUUCGGGCUGAUAUGGUCGGAGAUCAAGCAGCUGUGGGACGUGGGCUUACGGGAGUACGUAGCCGACAUGUGGAAUGUGAUAGACUUCAUAACGAAUGCUCUCUAUGUGGCCACAAUAGCUCUAAGGAUUGUUGCUUACUAUCAGGAGCCUAAGAUAAUUCAGGUACAAUAUGAGAUUGAGAAGGAGUUGGACACUCAUGAUCUACCUCGCCAAAAAUGGGACACCUGGGAUCCCAUGCUAAUUGCUGAAGGCCUUUUUGCUGCGGCAAAUAUUUUCAGUUCUUUGAAGUUGGUUUACAUCUUUAGCGUCAACCCUUACUUGGGGCCACUUCAAGUCUCUCUUUCGAGGAUGGUCGUCGACAUUUUAAAAUUCAUCUUCCUGUACCUGCUCACUCUCUUUGCUUUCUCUUGUGGUAUGAAUCAGUUACUGUGGUUCUAUGCUGAUCUGGAAAAGGAGGAAUGUAACCGCGACAGAGGAACAACACAAGAAAACUUUGAUUCCUGCAUAAAAUGGAGAAGAUUUUCCAACCUCUUUGAAACAACGCAGACACUCUUUUGGGCGGCAUUCGGCCUGAUUGACUUGACCAACUUCGAGCUGGCGGGCAUCAAGCCCUUCACGAGGUUCUGGGGGAUGCUGAUGUUUGGGACGUACUCCGUCAUCAACGUGAUCGUACUCCUUAACCUCUUGAUUGCCAUGAUGAAUCAUUCUUACCAACUGGUUUCAGUAAGUUCUGAACGCGCCGAUACAGAGUGGAAAUUUGCCCGGAGUAAACUGUGGAUAAGCUACUUCGAGGAAGGGGGAACCUGCCCUCCGCCCUUCAACAUCAUUCCGACGCCCAAGAGCCUCUACUACCUUUUGUACUGGUUCUACAAGAAGUUCUGCGGCCAGACCAAGGCUGCCAAGAAGGAGCACAUGAGGACCAUAAGGAAUACGUUUACAGCUUUCUCUCCACUUCAGAGAAUCAUGAGGCUAUUUACUCCUCUACAUGUUCCUGAAUCACAAAAAAGUGAAUUUAAGAGCAUCAUGAGGAAUCUGGUUCGUCGGUACGUUACCGUAGAGCAGCGGAAGGCUGAGAAUCAGGGUGUCACCGAAGAUGAUGUCAACGAAAUCAAGCAAGACAUUUCAGCCUUCCGCUGUGAGCUGGUGGAGAUUCUGAAGAAUUCAGGAAUGAACACAUCAUCAGCAACAGCCGCAGGUCAAGGUAUUCUGCCCCGAGGCAGUACUGGAGGAAAGAAGAACCGGCAGAAGGAGAGGCGGCUCAUGAAAGGGUUCAACCUUGGGGUCAACUCCCUGGCACCUCACUUCACCGCAACUGUCCUUCCUGCCACAACAGAGGUUGCCGAGGCUGCCGCAGUAAAGAGGUCACCUCAAAACAAACUAGCACGUUUGGCCAGGCUGGCAGAAGCAAGACUUGGACGACCUACCAACAAGAAGCGUUGGGGUACACUCGUCGAGGCAGCAAAGACUGCCAAUGUAAAAAAGUUAUUAUCCAGGUCUCAUUCAGAUGAAUCCCUUUCCUCUGACCCUGGCAAUGAAAUCACUGGGGAUUCAGAGGAUGCCCACGGUGGGUGUGGUACCCCAACUCCCUUACAGAAUCUUCCUCCCAGUAUUCUUAGAAACCCCGACGGUUCAUCUGAAGGAAGCCGAAGGGAACGUGGUAACUUGGAGGUCAGUGGGACAAUGCAUUUAGAUGCAGCAGCCCUGGUCAGCCAACAGGAUCCAGUCAAAAGACCUCCCAAGAAUUCUGUUAGCUUUGACCAGUCUGCAGUUGGAGGUGUCAGCAGCAGUAGUCCUUCUCACUCAUCUGCUGAAACUGAACCUCCACCUCCAUAUUCCCCUUGGCCGCGUCCUCCAGCGUCCACCACGGCCACCACUGUUACAGAACCUACUACGACGACUGCUACAUCGCCAUCGUCGGGGGGAAGUGGGUCUUUACCUCCAAUGGCAAUUAAUUCAAGUUUUUAAUGCACCAACUCGACUCUUCAUCAGUUUCAUCUGUAUAUGGAUUCAAAUAUCACCUCUGCACCCAUAAUAUUAGUGGUCUGGCAUGUGACUAUGACCCUUGAAGGCUAGCUCAGUAGAGUCUGUGUUUUUCCACACUAUUUGUAAUAUUGAGAUACACGUAAAUAGGAAAAUGGACCCUGUGCUGACUCGGCUUAAGGAUCACAGUUCCAUUUCCGAUCCCUGUAUUUUCUCAUCCAGUUUGUAAAUAAGAGAGUGCUAAGGGAAGUAAUGGACGCAUUCCCACUUGUUUGUAAAAUAAUGAGAUUUUUAAAAAAAAGAAGAUUUGACCAAAAAAGGUACAUUUCUAUACUGUUGUGAUAGAAACCCAAUAUUAAUAUUGUCUAUCCCUCCCUCAUUGUAAUUUGAGUCUUAGGAUACCAUUUUUAGGAAGAAAGAGUGGUUUUAUAUACACAAUACUUA